GCAACAAGUGCCCUCCACGCCUGUCUUCUUCAUUAAAGUGGAUUGGACCGUUCGAUCGCGUUCCUGGAUUUGCGUUUUUUCGCGAGUAAAAGUUGACAAUGCUCGUGGAUUUGAAUUAACAAUGGGCGCGCACUUGCCAGGGUCCAACUCCAGCGGCAACUUGACACCCGCGGUGUCAGAGGCUGAGACCGCCCUCCCCGGGUACCUGGUGGUCAUCCUGUCGGUCCUCAUGGUCACCCUGGUCGUCGUGGUGGUCGCCGGGAACGCGCUGGUCAUCCUGGCUUUUAUUGUGGAUAAAACACUGAGGAAUCAGAGCAACUACUUCUUCCUGAACCUUGCCAUAGCCGAUUUCCUCGUGGGUGCUUUCUGCAUCCCAGUGUACAUCCCAUACAACCUAACUGGCAGGUGGAUGCUGGGUAAAGGUCUCUGCAAAGUGUGGCUUGUCAUGGAUUACUUGGUGUGCACCGCCUCAGUCUUCAACAUCGUCCUAAUAAGUUAUGACCGCUUCUUGUCCGUCACAAGAGCUGUUAAAUACAGAGCCCAGAGGAACCUCACCCGCCAGGCUGUGUUGAAGAUGUUGGCAGUGUGGGUGCUGGCCUUCCUCCUCUAUGGCCCUGCCAUUAUCCUCUGGGAGACAGUUGUUGGCCGGAGCAUUGUUCCCUCCCAUGAGUGCUACGCUGAGUUUUACUUCACCUGGUACUUCCUGCUGAGCGCCUCGACCUUUGAGUUCUUCACCCCGUUCGUGUCGGUGACCUUCUUCAACAUCAGCAUCUACCUGAACAUCUAUUGCAGAAACAAGAAACUGAGCGCCUCUAUCGAGGACAGUGACAAACCUCAAAAUACUAUAAAGCACACAGAUGGAGGAAUGUGGUCUGUGUUGUUUGUGAAGACUCGCAAGGUGUCGAGUGAGGCUGCCGCUAUUUCUGCGGUUAUAGAGGAUGACAUGCAAUACCCAUCUUCCUGUGGGGAACAUAACGCCAGCCAGAUAUUCAUGCAGCAACAGAGGUUUUCUCCAGACAGAAAAAACCUGAGACUCUUUCAGCACACUGCUUCUGGCGUGAGGCCUGGCCGUAGGACACAAGGGACUCGCCUUUCUCGAGACAAGAAGAUAGCCAAAUCUUUAGCCAUAAUAGUCUGCAUUUUUGGGAUCUGCUGGGCGCCAUACACUCUGCUUAUGAUCAUCCGUGCUGCCUGUAGUGGAAAGUGUGUGUCGAAAUAUUGGUAUGAGGUUACAUUCUGGCUUUUAUGGCUGAACUCAGCCAUCAACCCAUUCUUGUACCCACUUUGCCACAGCAGCUUUCGAAGGGCUUUCUCUAAGAUACUUUGUCCUAAAAGACAAUCUGUACAGCCUCAGAUUGAGGCUCAGUCUUGUUAGAUGAACUAUCAUUCCUCAAGCAUAUUAAAGGUCUACAUUUUUUUUAAACAAAC